AUGGCGGUAGAGGAGGGUGGCUGCGUGAACAAGGCCUUCGACGCAGUUGACGAUGGCUUUCAUACAAUAGAUUUGCGCAGCAACCACCUUGGAAAUGAUGCGAAACGGCCUGAAGCUGAGGCUGAGUCGGAGCCUCAUGGAGGACAGGAGAGUCACGCACUACGCUGCGGCUGGGGCAUGUUCCGACCGGCGUGGCUUCAGCGCUUCCGUACUGCAAAAUGGGCGCUAUUCUGGCUGUGCUGGGCAGGCGCUAUACAGGGUAUGGUGGUGAAUGGGUUCGUGAACGUGGUAAUCACUACAAUAGAGAAGCGAUUUGGUCUCCGAUCAAUGCAGACGGGCGUUAUUGCAGGAGGUUAUGACAUGGCGUCGUUCGCGUGCCUCGCACCAGUCACGUAUCUGGGCGGCAGAAUGGGCUCCUCCAAGCCUCGCUGGCUGGGCUGGGGCGUACUGCUGAUGGGUACAGGCUCGCUGAUCUUCGCGCUGCCACACUUUCUCGUACCACCGUACAGGAUCGCCGGAGACGAGCCCGAGGAUCUCUGCAUACCUAACAGGACUAUUUCUAUGAACCACUGCGAUUCGGACUCCACAUCCGAGGGUGGUGCUUGGGCGGUGGGGGUGUUCGUAUUCGCCCAACUUCUGCACGGCGCUGGCGCCACGCCGCUCUUCACACUCGGCGUCACCUACAUCGACGAAAAUGUUUCCAAGAAGAUGUCUUCAGUAUACCUGGGUGUAUAUUACACGAUGGCGGUUGUUGGCCCGGCGCUGGGGUAUGUGCUCGGUGGACAAAUGCUCAACAUCUACACGGACUUCCCGACGGUCGACUCAGAAACGAUCGGAAUAACACCGCAGAGUUCCGUGUGGAUUGGUGCGUGGUGGGUCGGCUUCAUACUCUCCGCUAUUCUGUGCCUCGUCGUGGCAAUACCGUUGCUCGCUUUUCCCUACGAGUUGCCAGGUGCUGCUGAAAUCCGAGCAUCGAAAGUAUGCGAGGCACAUGAAGGUGCAGCCUCAAAGUCAGCCGCAUUUAGCGCUUUACACGAGCUUCCCCAGGCUACUGUAGCCCUGAUGAGGAACCCCACUUUUGUGUUCCUGAACCUGGCGGGUGCCAGCGAAGGGAUGCUGAUUUCUGGAUUUGCCGCCUUUCUACCGAAACUCAUCGAAAAUCAGUUCGCUGUCAGUGCUUCGGAAGCUGCUUUGUUAUUAGGUGUAAUCACAGUCCCAGCGGGUGGCGGCGGCACGUUCAUUGGUGGUUGGUUGGUAAAGCGCUGGAAAUUAGCCUGUGCCGGUAUCAUCAAACUCUGCGUCGCGGUGACGCUGAUAGCCGCCGUGUUCACCUUUUCCUUCGUACUCUCCUGCGAUGACUACCCUUUUGCCGGUGUCACUGAAAAUUACAACAGUCCCAGCGUAACAGGGGGUGGUGUGCUGUCGGCGCAGUGCAACUGGGGCUGCGGGUGCGAGGGCGCGGCGUACGCGCCGGUGUGCGCGCGCGACGGGCGGGUGUACUUCUCGGCGUGCCACGCCGGCUGCCGCGCCGCCGCCCGCCACGGCGCCGCGCACGCCUACCGCGACUGCGCCUGUGUGCAACACGCAGAUUCCAACUCAUCUAUACCAUAUGACGCCAUCAACAACGUCUGCAGUUCCGACUGCCCGUAUUUAUGGCCGUUCGUGUUCCUCGCCUUCUGUGUGAUGCUGUUCACAUUCUUGGCGACGAUGCCAGCGCUCUCGGCGACGUUAAGGUGUGUAAGAGAGGAUCAACGAUCAUUCGCCUUGGGUAUUCAGUGGAUCAAAGUUCGACUCUUGGGUACAAUUCCCGCGCCGCUACUAUUCGGCUUCCUCAUAGAUCUGUCCUGUUCCCUGUGGGAAAAGACUUGUGGCAGCACAGGCGCCUGUUUGCUUUACGAUAACUUGAAUAUGAGCAGGUACAUGUUAGCGCUGGCACUAGUGGGUAAGUUAUGUUCGGUGGUGUUCUUCUUCCUGGCGUGGUGGUGCUACCGUCCGCCCGGUGGUAAGAACGGCAACGGUGUGACGCCCGCACUAGAACUGGGCACCGGCGACAAGCCGCCAACCAUCAGCGCCACCCAAACCAAUGGCCUGCAGCCCCACGAGAACGGAUACUGUAACGCUGCCUUGGAGUGUACUGAUCAUUUGUAG